AUGAGUACUAUAUUGGAAAAAAUUGCCGCUAUAGAGUCCGAGAUGGCUCGGACACAAAAAAAUAAAGCUACGGCUUUGCAUUUAGGGUUACUUAAAGCUCGCCUAGCUAAACUAAGACGUGAACUUAUUACACCUAAAGGUGGCGGCGGUGCCACUGGUGAAGGUUUUGAUGUUGCAAAAACUGGUGAUGCUCGUAUUGGUUUUGUUGGGUUUCCAUCGGUGGGAAAAUCAACUCUCUUAUCCAACUUGGCCGGUGUUUACUCAGAAGUAGCAGCUUAUGAGUUCACAACGUUAACUACAGUUCCCGGCUGUAUUAAAUAUAAAGGAGCUAAAAUCCAGUUGCUUGAUUUGCCUGGUAUCAUUGAAGGUGCCAAGGAUGGUAAAGGAAGAGGUCGUCAAGUCAUAGCCGUCGCUCGUACAUGUAGUCUUAUAUUCAUAGUACUUGACGUAUUAAAACCCCUUCAGCAUAAGAAACUUCUAGAACACGAGUUGGAAGGAUUCGGCCUUAGAUUAAAUAAGCAACCACCAAACAUACACUUUCGAAAAAAAGACAAAGGAGGAAUUAAUUUGAACAACACAUGUCCACAAUCAGAGCUCGACUAUGAAACUGUUAGAACGAUCCUCUCUGAAUACAAGAUUCAUAAUGCAGAUAUAACUCUGAGAUAUGAUGCCACCAGUGAUGACCUUAUUGAUGUCAUUGAAGGAAAUAGAAUAUAUGUACCAUGCAUUUAUCUGUUGAAUAAGAUUGAUCAAAUAAGCAUAGAAGAAUUAGAUGUUAUAUACAAGAUACCACACUGCGUGCCUAUAUCAGCUCACCAUAAAUGGAAUUUUGAUGACUUGUUGGAGAAAAUGUGGGAAUAUUUAAAACUAAUUAGGAUAUACACAAAGCCGAAGGGACAGUUGCCUGAUUAUAAUGCACCUGUUGUGUUGCAUGCUGAUAGAACAAGCGUUGAAGACUUCUGUAACAAACUGCAUAGAUCUAUAGUUAAGGAGUUCAAAUAUGCCUUAGUAUGGGGUUCAUCUGUUAAACAUCAACCGCAGAAAGUUGGCAUUGAACAUAUCCUGGCUGACGAAGAUGUUGUGCAGAUUGUGAAAAAAGUCUAA